GCAGCGCCCAUGGAAAUGUGUUUUCGAAAUUUAUUAGGGUUUUCUUCGAAAUUACAGUUCUCUAGACCCGGUAGAUACUGUAAAAUAAGUAGGGAUUAUGCUAAGUUUAUUCAUCGAAAGCCUGUUCGAGUCGUGACCCCUAUUGAAAGUAAACCUGAGCUAGAACCUGUUGUCAAAGAUGAUUUUGUCCAGAAAAGUGCAAAAAAAGUUGUGACAAGUCAAAUUACAAAUAAAAAAAUUGGAGAGUGGAAAGAUGGGGAAUAUGUUGGUUUCAGAACAAUUGACAGUAAAGUUCAUGGAGAACUGAAAUAUACCAAACUUGAAGAACACGAUAAAAGAUUUGGACCAGCUAUCAUGGCUACAAAGUCCGGACGAUAUCGGGAGAAGCAAGGUGUCAUUCUUCUAGAGGGUGCGAGAUUAAUCAGCGAUGCCAUCAAAGGAGGGGCACAAUUGAAACAAUUGUAUUUCUCGAUGCCAGAACUGUUAGAGAAAAUACCAUUAACAAAAAGAAUGAAGAAAAGCUUGAAAUUAUAUAAAGUCCAGUAUAAGCACCUGAAUGUUUGGUCUGAUGUAGUUACACCAUCUGGUAUUCUUGGAAUAUUUGAGCUGCCAUCUCCAGGUGAAUGUGUGAGGCGGGAUGAGUUUAUUGUGCCAAUCACUGUUAUAUGUGACAACAUUAGAGACCCCGGCAACAUGGGGACUCUCAUAAGAUCCUGUGCAGCUGCAGGCUGUGAGAAGUUAAUAGCUACAAAAGGUUGUGUAGAUGUCUGGGAGCCAAAGGUAUUGAGAUCUGCAGUAGGGGCACAUUUCCGUUUACCCAUAAUUCCCAAUGUUCAGCACGAUAUGGUCGGCAACUAUCUGGAUCAGACUGGGCAGAUCUUCAUAGCUGAUAAUAGGUGCAAUACUGAAGUAUCCAACAAGUUGUCAAGCAGUCACUCAAAGCACAAUGAUGAUGACAAAAUAGAUGAUACAGUCACAAUUGAGAAUGUCAAUGACCCUUCUAAACCAGUUCUUGACUAUGAGUACACUGAAUUGAUAUACCCAAAUAAGGGAACUGCAAUACUGAUUGGUGGAGAGACAGUUGGAAUAAGUGAACAGAUGCGAGAGUUAAUAAACAAAUCAGAUGUUAGUCGGGUAAAAAUACCCAUGAUGCCUGGAAUUGACAGUUUGAAUGCAGCAGUUGCGGGAACAUUGGUGAUUUUUGAGGCUAGGCGCCAGAUUUUGCAGGCUAUGGAUGAGGAAUGGAUGGGCACUGAGAGCCAAGGGAUCACUGAAUAUACACAACAUUGAGUCAUGUGGUCAAUGAGU